AUGGUACUCCAGGGCUUUCGCGAGAGGCUCAAGUCCUUCUCUCCGCAGGAGAGAAAGGCAAUCUUCUUCUACAUAUGCGGCAUCAUGCUGUACAAGUUUGGCCUCGAGGCCUUCAAUGGUUCGAUCACCGCCUUGGUAACCAACCGCUACGAUUACGAAUCCAUCACGAACGAUACGCCGUCCCGAACUUUCGAACGUCUCGGCCUAAUUCAGGGAUUGAACCAAGCCACGCAGUGCGUCGGCUCGAUCUUGAUCGCACCCCUCAUCAAGCACUUCCAGACGAAAAACGUGCUAUCCUCGGCCAUACUAUUAUUCGGGUUGAUGACGGCAAUCCUUCUCAUCCUGGACGCAGCAACCGGGGGAACCUUUAUCCCCGCCGCCUUCCGCGAUGACCACCCCGAAGAUUUCUGGCCAUACUACGGCAAGUACCAGAACGAUGCCAUCAUUCCCAUCUACGCCGUCUCCGGUAUCACCUACGGCAUGGUCGAACUCAUUCGGCGUGUCAUCCCACGAGAUAUUGUUGGCGGAAACGUCCAAAAGCUUCGGCAGAUGGAUGCCAUGGUACACAUCUUCUACGAGAUCGCCGGAACCACAGGUGCCUUCGUCACCGCGCUCGUCUUGAUCCCGAACCUCGGCAACAACCGAUCCUUCGUCAUAACUCCGAUCUGCUUCGCCCUCGCUGCCGUCUUAUGGUUCUUUGUCGUCGACGGCAGUCACGAGCGCAACGCCCUGGCUCGCGCCGAGGCCCGCAGCUCCAAUUAUCUCGUCGCAACUGGCAAGGGCUUCCUCACCUUCUUCGAGUCCAUCUGGGUGGGUGCCAGGAUCAUUUUCACCUCCCGACGCUUCAUCUGGCUGCUGCCUGCCUACGGUGUCGCAUUGUACGCACACAGAUAUCUCGAGAACGGAAUCGCGCCGCAAGUUGCCCGCCGGUACCUUGGUGAGUCGGCUUGGUCGCAGAUCAUGGUCGGCGGAUCGAACUUUGGUGAACUCCUGGGCGCCCUCUUCGUCUUCCUCUUCACCAACGUGAUCAAAACGCCGAUCCCCUGGCUGCGACUCGACGCUCUGGCGCUGCUCAUCGUCUGGUACAUCCCCUUCUGGAGGCCGCCGCAGGACCAAGUCGGACAGGCGUGGGUCGUCGCCGCCACCUUCCUCCCCAUCAGCUUCGGCUGGGCCGCUGGCGACGUCUCCCUCGCCGCAUACAUCCAGGCGUCGUUGGCUCGUCUCGAGAGCAAGGAACAGAGGGUGUCGCCCUUGGGCGCGGUCAUGGCCUUCUUGUACUCGUUCUACAUCGUCUCAUACGCCGUGGCCAACACCUUCCUUGGCCGAUACGUCGACCGGAUCUACAACAGUGGCAGGGACGUGCGUGAUGCUUUGUUCAACACCGCCGGUGUUCAGUUUACCGUUAUCUGUGGUAUCGUACUGCUCUCGACCUUCAUUCCGAAGGGUUCACGGACCUUCAACCCGACGAUGUUGGACGAUACCAAAUUGGACGAGGAUGUUAGCGACGCUUUGGAGGAAACGCAAAGCGCCGAGGAUGCUAUCGUAAAGGAGAAGGCACCUGCAAUUGUUGUUUAG